UUGCUUGCAAGUUAUGAGGUUGGUUUGAAUUCUUUGGUGAUCAACAACUUGUUCUGGUUGCAUGUCUGUUUUGGUGAGUUUUGGUGAGAAACUCAUAACAGAAUAGUUGAGUGAGUGUAUUACAAAAGACUUUGCUCUGCAGUCCUACAUGUUUAUACCAAACAUUGAUUUUUAUUAUGACAAGGGCAGUUGAGUUGGACAGGCUCAUUGCUGCUAGAGACGUUUUGAGGAAUGGUAUCGCGGAAUCAAGAGACAUGGCUUGGGCUAUUAGUGAAGCAGGAUGCAGAUUGGAGGAGAUGAACCAACGGUUGCCUGCACUGGAAGGUUCUUUGAAGAAUAUUGCGCGGAAAUGUGAGAUGAACAAGUUUCAUGUGGAUCAUGCUGUUGGCCCUGCUGCUGCGGUGUUGAGCAUUUAUAAUGUUGUCAUUCAGCUCCAAGAAUGGCUUGUUGUGGCUGAUCUGCGUGAUUCUGAUGUGCUAAUACCUUAUGUUUAUCAGGUGAAAAGACUAGAAGAAGCGCUCGGGUUUCUGACACAAAAUUGCAAGUUAGCAGUUUUGUGGCUGGAAGACGUGGUUGAGCUGGUGGAAAACAAUGCAGUACGUGCACAGUACAACCAUUGUUUUUUCUCAGGUCAUGUUAGGAAAUCUUUGGGAAUUUUAAGAAAUUUGCAGGCUAUGGAAGAGCGGUCUCGCCUUGAUGGAGGUUUGCUUCAUGCUGCAUUCACAAAUCUGCAGAAGGAAUUCAGACAUCUCUUGGUUCAAAAUACUUAUCCUCUCAAACAACAAACGAAUGACACCGAUAGUACUGCAGUUUCGCUAUUAGCUUAUCCUGUUCCUGUUGUGGAGAAGUUGCAACUCAUUUUGGAGAGGCUGACUGCUAAUAAUCAGCUUGACAGAUGUGUAUCCAUCUACACAGAGGUUCGGGCCUUCAACUUACAAGCAACAGUACAAGCACUUGAUUUCGGUUACCUUGAGACAACCUCUCUAUCUGAAUUUGAUAGCCUCCAAAGCGUAGAGAGCUGCAUUGAGAAAUGGAGUGAUGAUUUGGAAUUUGUGGUGAAGCAUCUACUAGAGCUGGAAUACAGAGCCAGCAAUGCUGUAUUCAACCGAGAAGUGGAUGGAUUAGAUGUUGCAAAUGAAUGUUUUGCCAAGACUGUAAUGAAAUGUGGACUAUUGCAGCGGUUCAUCAAAUUUGCAAACACCAUCACCAGAGGAAAGAAAGAAGCAGUUAAGCUCCUAAAGCUGUUGGACAUUUUUGAAUCUCUCAACAAAUUGCGGAUGAAUUUUAACAGACUCUUUGGGGGGCAAACCUGUGUGGAGAUCCAGAGUCAGAUGAGAGACCUUAUCAAGAAGGUGAUUAAUGAAGCUUGUGAUAUAUUCUGGGAACUGCCAGCUCAUGUUGAGUCGCAAAGACAGUCUACACCUCCUGCAGAUGGAGGCAUCCCGAGGCUUUUAAGCUUCGUGGUUGAUUACUCCAAUGAGUUGUUAAGUGAGUACUACAGACCUAUAUUGACUCAGGUCCUGGAAAUUCACUGGAGUUGGAAUUGUAAUCAUGCCCCCAAGGAGGAUCUGGAGAAGCAGCGACAGCAAUUCCUGUUAAAUGAGGAGCUUCACUAUAAGAAGAUAAUGAAGGCGCUUGAGCUUAAUAUACAGGCAUGGGGAAGGACUUAUAAAGACUCAACACUGUCCUACAUUUUCCUGAUGAACAGCCACUGGUACUUGUGCAAUAACUUGAAGGGCACGGAGAUUGGUGACGUGAUGGGGGAUUUAUGGUUAAGAGGACAUGAGGAGUGUGUAGAACAUUACUCAUCUGUAUUCGUGAGAGAGAGUUGGGGAAGACUGGCUCCUCUUUUAACUGAAGAGGAUGAGGGUCUGCAGGUCUUGCUCUCAGGUGGUGGGACAGCAGUUCUACGUGAUUCGAUGAAGAGGAGAAUCAAAGCCUUUACCGAGGCUUUUGAUGAAAUGUACAGAAAGCAGUGCCAUUGGGUUGUGCCUGAUACAGGAUUAAGAUGGAAGAUAUGCCAGCUCCUGGUGAGGGCUGUUGUCCCAGUUUAUAGCAACUUCAUUCUAAGCUGCAUCUCUAAUCUGGAGGCAGAGGCGGCAGAGAAAGACGGAAAUUUUAGUCCAACUCUUGCUGGAAAGAGGUGUGUAAAUAACAGCAAAGAGAGCUUGGAGAAUAUGCUGUGCUCCUUAUUUCAGCCUAAGCUGGCAAAGAAGCAUGGCGCUUCCGCUAAAUCCAGACACUUGAUUGGUAAAAUCAAGAAUGUUGUCACCAACCACUUUCUAUCAACUUCUGCUGCUGCCUAAUUCAUUUGAUUCUUAUUAUAUGUACAUAUGAUUAACAAAAAGCAACAUAUUCACUUCCAUCCAAGCCAAGUUGGUGUGAUGGAAGACAGAAACUGGCAAUAUUGGACUUGGUGUGUAUAUAUUUCUUGGAUUGGUGGAUAUGUAUCAUUGUAUAUAGACUUUUCGCAUUUUCUAGAUUA